AUGGCCUUACCCCUGCUGCCCGGCAACAGCUUCAAUCGCAACGUGGGAAAGGAGAAGUUCCACAAAUCUCAGCAUUGGGGUUUUUGCAACAAAGUUAUGAUGUUGGUGAGCGAUGAGAAACCUGGAAUAGGUGGAGAGCUGCUCUUGGGGCAAAAGCCGAGGGCUAAAUAUAGUAUAUAUCCUAAAGGAACAGAAUCUGAUGCACCAUCAUGGGUAGUUUUUGACAAACAGGUAUUGUCUUUUGAUGCCUAUGUGGAAGACGAAGUGGCUGAUAAAACGGAAGAAGACUAUAGAAUAAGACAGUAUAAAAUCUACUUCUACCCCGAAGAUGACACAAUUGAAGUUAAUGAACCACAGGUGACAAAUAGUGGACUACCUCAAGGGACUUCUAUCCGGCGUCAUCGGAUUUCUCUCCCACCUCCUGAUGAGGAUAAGUUUUAUACUGUAUAUCAUUUCAAUAUCAACACUGACGUUGUGUUUUAUGGCCGGACAUUCAAGAUUUAUGACUGUGAUACAUUCACAAAAAACUUUUUGAGGAAAAUAGGAGUCAAAUUAAACUCACCAGUGAAGUGUCCAGAAGAUCCGUAUAUGAAAGGACGGAAAAUGCUGCAAGCGCUCAUGAAACCCUUGCGUCCCUAUGAGUCCCUCAGCACCCUGAAACAGUUUCUUGAGUAUGAUAAGCAGGUUUUACGUUUCUUCUGCCUUUGGGACGACACAACUUCACUGUUUGGGGACCGUCGAGAACUCAUCCUGCAUUACUUUUUGUCUGAUGAUACCAUUGAAAUCAAAGAAGUGAAUCCAUGUAACUCAGGCCGGGAUACUAUGUCAUUAUUCCUCCAGAGGAAAAGGCUUCCCAAGUUUGCCCCAACUGGAGUCUAUCAACCAGGCCAGAUAACAGAUCAGACAGUUCUCAAUGUGUAUGGGGGCUGGUCAGUGAGACAAGUGAGUGGCUACCUGUUGGAUAGUCUCAAGCUAGGACACAUAAAACAAGAGUUUUACAAAGAUAGUGACCUGGCCAUAGGAACCACCAUCAAUGUGUGGGGAAGAAAAGUGCUCAUUUGCGACUGUGAUGAAUUUACAAAGUGGUAUUAUAAGACUAAAUAUGGAGUUGAGAACUUUACCUCUAUUCCAUGCAAGCCUCCACCUCUUCCAAAAAUAGAAAGGAAAUUUCCACCUUAUACUGGCUUUGGUUCUGAAGAGGAUUCUCUCCGUUCCUGCAUCAGUCUUCGGCCCACACCUGUUUGCAGAAACUUUAGGAAGUUUGCGGAAAAAGACAGCUAUGGCUACAUAAGUUACAAACUUCGAUUUUUUGCUAAACUAAUCACAGACAAAGGUGUCCAUCUGGACAGGAUGUUCGUGGUUUCAUAUUUUCUCAGUGAUAACACGAUGUCAGUGUUUGAACUUACAGAGAAAAAUUCAGGAAUGAAUGGUGGGAGAUUUUUACGAAGACUUCGCGUCAAGAGACCUGGACAAGACAUCUUUAAAAGUGAACUAUCAGAAUACAUCCAGCCCGAGGAGCUAUAUAUUGGAGCCAGAAUCAAUGUGAAUGGUUACGUAUUCCAUUUACUCAAUGCUGAUGAAUAUACCUUAAACUACAUGGAGAAUAAUGUAGAUAAGUUUCCGCUGAGCAACUUUGAUCUUGCCUUAGAAAAGCUGAAGAAAGAAAAGUCAAAAUCCAAAGAAGUCAAGCAAGUGUUUACAGCUAUUGACUCUAUGAACACAAAGAUGGUGGAUUAUAAUACAUUCAGAGAAAUAAUAAUGAGUAUAACCGCUGGAAAGCUGACAGAACAUGAGUUUAUAACCAUUGCACGUCACUAUCGUGCAGUCGAGGACAAGGAGAUACAUGUAAAUGUCUUGAUUACAAUGGCCCAUGAACAGCUCAAGAAAAAUUCUUUUGAGAAUUUUGAAAUACUAAUCUCUACUUGUGUGUACCAAGAUCGAGAAAAAAAAAAAGUAUUACCCAGCAAAUACAUCAGAACACUAUGCAAGUCCUCCAGGUUACCUAUUACGGAAGAUCUUCUAAUGGCCUUACUGUCCAGGUUUGAAGACAGUGAAAAACAAAUAAAUUAUGAUUCAUUUUUUGCUGCCCUGAACUGGAGAACAAAUCCAGUGGUCGAAUGGGAAACAAAUUCCGUUUUGGAAGAAAAAAUUGAAGAUGUUUGGAUGGGGUCACCAUCACCCAUUCCUGUGAAAUACAUAAGCUACAUGCCCCUUUUAAAGGAUGUGUUUGAUUUGGAGGAGGACUAA